AUGGAGAAGGGAUCCGACUCUGUACAGGAGAAGAUACUCCACAAUACAGAGAAGCGGCCGGAAGGCUUCGUUUUCGGUGGCGAUUCGACUUUACCUCCGCCGCCAGAUCUCACGCCGGAGCAAGAAAAGAAGCUGUAUAGAAAGAUCGACUUGAGACUAAUGCCGAUUCUCAGCAUCAUGUACCUCUGCUCUUUCUUGGAUCGUGGCAAUGCUAAACUCGCCGGACUUGUUGAGGAACUACACUUGGUUGGAAACCAGUACAACAUUGCCCUUACAAUCCUGGUUCUCAAAAAGUUUCGCCCUUCGAGAUGGCUUCCGGGAAUCACUAUUGUUUGGGGAACUGUCAUGACGUUAAUGGGUCUAGUCAAAACUUACCCCCAGCUAGUGGGAACUCGAGUUUGCCUGGGCGUCGCCGAAGCUGGUCUUUUCCCAGGCGUGGUGUAUUACCUUACGUUCUGGUACCCUCGCUAUAAAUUGCAGUACCGAGUUGGUCUCUUCUUUGGUGCGGCGACUAUAGCUGGCGCAUUUUCUGGCUUACUUGCAUUUGCAAUCGAAUUCAUGGGAGGUACUCAGGGACUAAUGGCUUGGUCAUGGAUAUUUAUCCUCGAGGGAAUUGCAACUGUCGUCAUUGGCAUAGUCGCUUUCUUUGUACUCGUCGACUUCCCUGUUAGUGCUUCGUUCCUGACGCCAGAAGAACGUGCCUAUUUGACGACGUUGGUUUCAUCUCUUUUAGAGUACGAUAAUUCAAGCGGUAUUGGUGAAGCUGAGAAGUUUGCUUGGCGUUACGUUUGGGCAGCAUUCAAAGACUGGCAGAUUUGGUUACAUAUCUUAAUCUACACGUCGGUCAUUGUACCACUCUAUGGUAUCUCGCUUUUCUUGCCGUUCGGUUACAGCGUUCCUAUCACACAGCUCCUCACAGUACCGCCAUACGUCUUUGCCACUAUUAUGCUACUUAUUUUCGGGCACUUCUCCGACAAGAUCCAUAAACGCUCGCCGUUCAUCCUCCUCGGGCUUACAAUGCUCUUGAUUGGGUUCAGCAUCAAUAUCUCAGAUGCCCGACGUGGAGUGAAGUACUUCGGGACGUUUUUCUGCGUCGCUGGUUCAUAUGCGGCGUUUCCUGGUGUUGUUGCAUGGCUUGGGAAUAAUCUUGCUGGUCAGUACAAACGCGGAGUAGGUAUGGCGUUACAUAUUGGAAUUGGGAAUUUUGCUGGAGCUAUUGCGAGCAAUAUCUAUCGUACACAAGAUUCACCACGUUAUCUGAUUGGUCAUGGUAUAGAACUUAUGUUCGUCGGGAUUGGAUUCAUCUGUGUCCCACUGGCAAUACUUAUCUACAUACGGAUAAACACUCGGCGUGAAGCAGAGUUGGAACGUACUGGCGGAGUUGUCAAACUUUCAAUUGAGGAAUUGCAUGAACUGGGUGAUCGUGCUCCCGAUUUCAAGUAUACGUUGUAA